AUGAUAUCAAUAACAAAAUUAAAAAAUAUUACUAAAAAUAUUAUUUUAUUCAAUAACUAUUGUACAACAGUUAGAUACACGGAUCACCACCAAUGGGUUACACUAGAGGGUGAUAAGGGAAGUAUUGGGAUCAGUAGUGUUGCAGAUCAAAGAUUGGGUGAGGUAAUAUAUGUAGAGUUGCCUUCUGUUGGGGAAAAGUUUAAAACAAACCAACCUAUAGGUACAAUUCAGUCAGGUAAAGAUGUUUGGGAAAUUAUUUCUCCAAUGAAUGUUGUUGUAGAAAAUGUAAAUACCAAUUUGAAAGCAGCCCCGGAGACACUAAGUGUGGACACUCCUUUAUUUUCUUUUAAAUCAAGUGACUAUGAAACCUUUGAUAAUCUAAUGACUAAAGAAGAGUAUGAAGUAUAUGUAAGAAACGAAAAUAAAAAAAAAUAA